CUGCAUAGGAGCCUAACCAAGAAGAUUAAAAUGCAUGUGGUCCCUGGUGAAUUGGCUGUUUCAAUUCAGAACAUAGAAGACAAAGGCUAGUGGUUGAAGGGACUUAAUAGUGGUGGUGGUCUGCAGGGAUCUGUGCUGGGACCUCUGCCGUUUGUGAUGUAUAUGAACGACCUGGAUGAAAAUGUAGAUGGGUGGGUUAGUAAGAUUGCAGAUGAUACUAAGAGUGGUGGAGUUGUGGAUAGUGUAGAAGUAGGCAAGUGAUAUAGCACGAUAUAAACCAGUUACAGAUAUGGGCAGAGAAAUGGCAAAUGCAGUUUAAUCCAGGAAAAUGUGAGGUGUUUCACCUCAGUAGGGCAAAUGCAAGGAGGCAGCACACUGUUAAGCACAAGAUCCUGAACAGUGGUGCUGAGCAGAGAUCCUGGGAUUGAAGUUCAUAUCUCCCUGAAAGUGGCCACACAGGUCAUAAGGUGGUUAAAAAGGCUUACAGAAUGCUCGUUUUCUAUUAGUUGUGGCAUUGAGUUCAAAAGUCAGGAGGUUAUUUUGCAACUUUAUAAAACUCUGGUUAGGCCACAUCUGGAGUAUUGCAAACAGUUCUGGUUGUCCCACUAUCGGGAGGAUGUUGAGGCUUUGGCGAGGGUGCAGAAGAGGUUUACUAGGAUGCUGCCUGGCUUAGAGGGCAUGUGCUAUUAUGAGAGGCUGGAUAAACUAGGGUUGUUUUCUCUGGAGCAUCAAAAGCUGAGGGGAGAUCUGAUGGAGGUUUAUAAGAUUAUGAGAGGCAUAGAUUGAGUAGACAGGGAGUAUCUGUUUCCCAGGGUUGAAAGGUCUAAUACCAGAGGGCAUGCAUUGAAGGUGAGAGGGGUAGGUUCAAAGGGAAUGUGAGGAGUAAGUUUUUUUCUCAAAGAGUGGUGGAUGCCUGGAAUGUGCUGCCUGGUAUGGUGGUGGUGGUGGCAUAUACAUUGGAGGCUUUUAAGACAUGUUUAGAUAGGCACAUAGAUGUAAGGAAAAUGGAGGGAUAUGGCCCUUGUGUAGAUAGGAGGCAUUAGUGUUUGGGUGUUUUUGAUUUGCUUUUUAGCUGUUUCAGUACAACACUGUGGGUCAAAUGGCCUGUUCCUCUACUGUACUGUUCAAUAUUAUAAAUCAGCUAUGUUCUGAAUGGCGGAGCAGACUUGAUGGCCUGAAUGGCCUAGUUCUGAUCCCAUGUCUUAAGGUCUCAUCUCAUUCCUAGUUUAAUUAGUUCAACACAAACUUUUGGGCCGAAUGGCCUGUCUGAACUCUGUACUGUUCCAGGUUGUAAAUUAAACAGAGGCAGGAUUUCUGUGCUGCCACGAGGCUGCCCUUGCUGUCUUCUCCAGCUUUGUACAGCUGCUUUCAAUCUUGAGAGGUAACGCUGAGAGAGGGCUGUAAGCUACUCGUGGCAUGUCUACGUAUGUAAUAACAAUGCUGAGAACUGAAAUAUGCUAGAGAUUGUUGCUAAUACUGCUAACGGGGACUCAUCUAGAGAAACUUUUACCUUUGUAUUUCCUUAAGAAGUAUUUUCAGCGUCUGUGGAGUGAAAUGUGGGUGAAGCCUUUCGAAAUGUGUUACCAGUCCAAAAAGGCUGAUUGUGGAUUAUUUUCCUGGAGUUUCUCUUUGUUUCUGUUGCUCUGGAUAGCCUUGCUCUUCCCCAGUCACCCUGAAGCUUUCCCUACAUGGAAGAUCGAGCUGGAAGAAGGGAGAGCUGCACUGUGGAAAUCGUACCAGAUCCCAGCCUCAGCUGAAGAGAUGCACAACAUGUUUCUGCGACGCAGUAAGCGGUACGCCAUUAAUCCUUUGCUCCACAAGUGGGAUCACUUCAACAUCACCUACAAGAUUGUGAAAUUUCCAAGCACCCUGAACAAAGAUGACACCCGGAAAGCCAUUGCAAUCGCCUUUAUAAUGUGGAGUGACGUCUCACCUCUCACCUUUACUGAGGUCCCAACACAAAAGGAUGCAGACAUCAAAAUUGGGUUUUACACGUUUAACCACACUGACUGCUGGUUUGCCCCACUCCACCCCUGCUUUGACGGACUCAAUGGAGAGCUGGCUCAUGCCUUCCUGCCUCCACUCGGCGAGAUUCACUUUGAUAAUCACGAGUUCUGGAUUCUGGGCAAGUCCAGAUUCAGCUGGAAACAAGGUGUCUGGCUGAAUGACCUGGUACAGGUCGCAGCACAUGAGAUCGGACAUGCGCUGGGGCUGAUGCAUUCCCGCAACAUGAGUGCACUCAUGCACCCCAAUGCAACUUUCACCGGCCAGCGACGAAUCACACAGGAUGACAUCUGGGGAAUCCAGAGACUCUAUGGCUGCAUCGACAAGAAGAGGCUGUGCAAUCCAUGGGCUCGUGUUGGAUUCUGCGAGAAGCGACGUUCGUUCAUGAAAAAGCAUUGUCCCAAAGUGUGUGACUUGUGCUUCGAACCACCAGAUGAAGUAAUUACAACCACAGCUCUACCUCGGAAUGUUAAGAUGAAAUAUGUGUCCAAGGGUCGCAUAGUGACUUUCCGCUGUGGGCAGGUACCUCCGAGGACAAAUUCUUUGAAAGUCAGUUGGUACAAGGAUGGCGAACUACUGGCCAAUUCCAUCCCUGGAUACAUCAUUGUGAAAGGACAGAACCUCAGUAUUGUAGCAAAUGAGUAUAACGAGGGCCUGUACACCUGUCGAAUUCAUCGCAAGAACACUACAUUUCAAGCCAAUUCUUGGUGGAUCAGGGUCAAGGAAAACAAUGAUAUUGCUGAGUCACAAAGUACCAACUUGCAUUGAGGAUGUGGGUUCCCAAACCAACCCAACCCAUUGUAAAGAUGAUUACGUGACUCUGGAAGCUAAUGCCUUAAGUCUAAACCAAUGUGGACAUUUUUUCUUGGCAACAGAUUUGAGUUCCCAACCUGAUCAUCAUGAGGUCAACAUGAGGGUGCCAUGGUAGCAUAGGAGUUAGUGCAGUGCUAUUACAACUCAGAGCAUCAGAGUUCGGUGAUCAUUUCCAAUGCGGUCUGUAAUGAUUUUGUAAUGGGCUUCCUGUGAAUGUGUAGGUUUCCUCCAGGCAUUCCGAUUUCCCCCCACAGUUCAAAGACUUACCAGUUAGUAGGUUAAUUGGUCAUUGUUAAUUGUCCUGUGCUUAGGCUAGGGCUGAAUAGGUGGGUUGCUGGGCAGUGCAGCUUAUUGGGUUGGAAGGGCUUGAUCUGUGCUGUAUAACUCUAAAUAAAAAAUAAAUAAAAUAAAUAAACUUACUAACUUAUUUCGAUGGUAAAAUUGAUGACUUCCAAAAGUAUCCUUUCAGUCAGUGAUGAUCAUCUCACCAAAGGAAAAGACUUCCACACCCCCAUCAACUGGCAUGGUAGUGUAGUGAUUAGCAUAACAGUAUUGCAGUGCCCAUGAAUUGGGUUCAAAUCCACCACCGUCUGUAUGUAUGUUCUUCCCAUGACCCAUGUAUUUCCUUCGGGUACUCUGGUUUCCUCCCACAUUCCAUUGUAACUUCAAAACAUAAAAUGAAUCAAAAUAAAAACAUGGA